AUGUCCCGCAGCAACAAGUUGGCCCCAGAGGCGAACCGAAUUCUUUUUGUCAAAAAUCUUGCCUACAACAUCGACACUCCUGCACUCUUUGAUCUCUUUGGCAAAUUCGGACCUAUCCGACAGAUUCGAGCCGGAACGUCGAACUCCACGAAAGGAACAGCGUUUGUGGUUUACGAAGACGUCUUGGACGCAAAGCAGGCGUGUGACAAAUUAAACGGUUUCAAUUUCAUGAACCGAUACCUCGUCGUGCUAUAUCAUCAGCCGGAAAAGAUGAAGGUCGAAAUGAAAGAAGAUAUAGCUACGAGGCAGGAGAAUCUGGAAAGAAUGAAGAAAGAGCAUGGAAUUGAAUAG